AGCUUGGGAGAGCUAGCAGCGCAGUGCAGGUCAGAACAACACCGGACUACAACAAGGUAUCUGAGAAGAGUAGCGUAUUGUGGCACGCUGCGAAGCACCAGGCUUUAUGCGAAUGUGUAUGAGUCUCUCCGUCGUCCGCAACUGCCCCAAGGCGCCAGUGUGAGCACGGCACCACCUGGCCAGACAACCGCGGCAGACCUGCGCGUCGCCCGCAAUUGCCUUCCACAUUGCCUUUUUGAACGACUGGAGGAGUCAAACAAAUUAAUAUGGCGAAUCUCAAUCCGGAGACAGCCUCUGUCCUUACGCAGGGGACAUCGAGGACAGUAGCUGGUGGCCGCGCGCCGCAAUUCACACUGGAGACCUUCUCGAGUAAAGACUUCAUAGUCAAAGACUUUAUCGAAGAACUCUCCGACAGUGCUGUGCCUGCUUCACGAAAGUCAGCACCAGCCUCAAGCCAGCAGGCAUUCGACCCUAAGCCCCUAAUUCGGACCUUCGAACAUGCUCUGACCCGCCUGAAUAGCCAGUCGCAGGAUCUAGAAGAGAGGGAAAAUGAGCUUUCAGGAGCCGUCAGGCGUGCUGAGGCGCAACACAACCAGAACGUCGAGUCCCUAGGAAGAAGGCUUGAGCAGGCCAUCGAUCGCUUCCAGAAGCUGGAUAGUUCGCUGAAUGGCGGCGACGAUGGGGGCUCGGAUUCUGGAGGCAACAUCGCCAUGCGCAUUGGAGAGAGACUGGAAGAGCUGGACCGCCAGCGGAAGAGGGCUAUGGACGCCAAAUUCCUGAUCGAGUGUUGGCAGGAGGUCAGUGAGCGAGGCGAGCUCAACAUUCUAGAAGACCACCGCAGAAGUGGUGGCAUUGUACGUUGCGCCGACAUCGCGCGCCAGCUGCUGAGGAUCAGUGCACGUCUUGACCCUGAGAAUAAUCAGCGUGGCAACGGUGUUGAAGUAAAUGGCAACAAGAGAAAGACGCUGGCGCAACAGAAGCACAACACGAGAGAGGUCAUCGAGAAGUUCCUGGAGAACUUGGAGCAGGACCUGCUCAGCAAGUUUGAUGAGUGCUACAGGAGGCCAAAUUAUGACGGCAUGCGUGACUGCGCAGUCGCGCUGAGAGGCUUCAGUGAUGGGUCCAGUGUUAUCGCAACUUAUAUCAGCCAGCACUCUUUCUUCAUCGACCGUCAUCAGCUUGUUUCAGAAGAGCUUGCGCUGAACGAUGAGGCAUGGGAGGCUCUUCAAGAUCCGGAUAUGGAACCGCCAUCUGUUGAGCCCACAUUACAGUCUCUAAUUGACGAGGUCCGAAUUGUUGUGCAAGAAGAGUCUGCGAUCAUAAAGCGAGCGUUCCCCUACUACGAGGAGGUGCUUAUCAGGUUCAUCGAGCGCAUUUUCCAGCAAUCGAUACAGCAGCGACUGGAGAUGGUGUUGGACAAAGCAAACGACCUCUCGAGUCUCGCAUUUCUGCGUGCGCUGGCAGCAUCGAGAGCUUAUGUCACACAACUUGUGGAAGAUCUAAAGGCACACGGGCUGACAGAGCACCCUGAGCCUGUCACAUCCCAGGUUGCAGCUACUUUGGACCAACAGCUCGAAGAACUGUUCUCUCGAUACUUCAUUGGCUCUUCAUACAUUGAGCGAGAGAAAAAGAACCUUGAAGAGCUGUACUCGUCCCUCCUGCUGAAAUUUACAAUCUACCACUCGCGUCGGAGAAAGAUGCCCACGUCGUACUUCGGGUCACUGGCGCAACGUGGUAAGGAACUUGCAUCCUCUGCUCGAGACGCAUACAUGGAUCGACUAGAGAGCACUGAUCUGCCUGCAAGUCAAAAGGCAACCCUUCUACGAAUUGCAGGUGUAAAGGACGACCAGCAGUCUAGGCAGGAUAUUGAAGUCACAGAUGAGGAUGGAAAACUCUCUUUGGCAACCGCAAAGCGUAUGUUGAAGUGGUUAGCAGAAGGUGUUGGAAGGGGUCUGGAGUUAUCUCCAGGCAACGAGACACCCAAGGAUGUACAGAACCUUCUCAAUUUGUUGUUACAACAAAUGGGCGAGAUCUACCUGGAGACCGCUCUUGACGCUGCCUCUGAUCACGCUGCGUCGCAAGAAAAUAUGAAGACACCACCCGAUCUCACUCACCUCUCAUCACUCAACGCCAUUACGACUAUCCUGCAUCUCCUUCAACAGACCAUGGCCACGAUCUUGCUCCCACUUUGCACACCGAACCUGACUAUCCGACGUGAGAUCGAAAAGUCAACCAACACUACGAUGGCAACAUUGGAAUCAAAACUGUCCAACAUCCUUAACCUCACGCUGACAGCAGCCUUGAACUGGGUGGGCAAAUGCCUGGCACAACAGAAGAAGACUGAUUUCCGACCCAAGGAUGACGCAGACCUCAUGGUCACAAGCGAGACAGCAGCGUGCCGCGAAGUUGCUGCUUUCCUCUCUCGCAUCGCCCAGCAAGCAACUGGCGCACUUUCUGGUCGCAAUCUAUCGCUGUUCCUCGCGGAGCUCGCGCGCGGUCUACGCGCGCUUGUCCUAUCAAACUUGCUCAAGUUCACCGUAUCUCAGGUCGGCGGUCUGAGUGUGUCCAAGGACAUGAAUCGCUACGCAGAGCUUGUACGUGCUUGGCCCACUGGUGAUGAGUUGGAAGCCGGGGCCAUGGAUGUGCUCAGCGAUGUAAGUACGUUGUUCAUCAUUGGGCCUGAAGCUCUGAGAGACAGACUCAGAGGUGCAGGUCAAGAUGCUCAGGAGUUGAAGUUGUUCAUCGCGAGAAGAGAGGAUGUUAGUAGUGUUGGCGUGCAGAGCGUGCUCAACGGAAUGUAAUAAGACGGAGCUGGUAUGCAAAGAUGUGCUUGUCGUACCGUACCCGAGCGAUCCACGCAGUCACACUGUUGGAUCUAUAUGUACACACUAUAUUUCAUGCGCGCAUUGCUGCGAUGUGCGAACAUGUUGCUGUG